AAGCUUUUCCUUCCAACUUCCCUUUUUAUGCCUGCCAAAUCCUUCUCGCCUCCAAAAUGAAAAUCCAGGCUGCCUGCAUAUGUGUAAUCAAAGGUUAAAAAGCACCCCGGCUGACACCACGCAUGUGUUAAUCUGUGCUGCAGCAGAGUGCAUCAUUUCCACUUUGACCUCAGAGUUAAUCUGCAUUCAGGCUGAAGCUCCAUUGCUUUAUUCUUUUUCUUUUUUUUCCUCUCAUUUACUCUUUCUAUUGCUUGAUCGGAUUUCAUUGCAUGUGUUUGAGUGGUUCUGUACAUGUCUGCAUGUGUAUGUGUUUCUUCUUUCCUUGACUGCUUUUAUUCUGUGAGUGUCCAUGAUUUUGCUGUUUGGUCGUUGUGGGGUUUUUUUUCCCCUUUUUUUCCCAAUUAUAUUGUUCCCCUAGACUUGGAAGCUGCUGCCUGCUGCCUGAGCUGACGUUUUCUGAUUAUAUCUGCAAAGGGCUUCUGCAGAUCUAAUUUCUGUCUCCCUGCAUAUUAAUUCCCGCAGCUGGGCGCAAUGUAUCAUCCCACUGACGGGACCUGGUAGGGAGGGGGGCAGAACCACUACCAAAAAAAAAAUAAAGAAGGGGACGGAUCCAUCUGCAACCGAGAGGAAAGGGGAAAAAAAGUGGGUGGGGGGGGGGGGGGAGGGAGAGAAAAAGAGAUGAUUCCUUCAAAUCCAACAAGCCCGGGGAGCACUGCAUUCUUGAAUCCUGCAUUUUCGCUCAAAAUGAUGGUGUGGGCACUUCUGUUCCUCUCUCUCAUCCAGUGUUCCACCCAAAAGGGAGAUGAUGAUUAUGAAGAUUACACUUCAAAUAAGACUUGGGUUUUGACUCCCAAGGUCCAUGAGAGUGAUGUCACUCUUAUUUUAAAUGGCUUGCUGGAAGGAUAUGACAACAAGUUGAGGCCUGAUAUAGGAGUUAAACCGACAGUAAUUCACACUGACAUGUACGUCAAUAGCAUUGGGCCAGUGAAUGCUAUCAAUAUGGAAUAUACAAUUGAUAUAUUUUUCGCCCAAACGUGGUAUGACAGACGUCUGAAGUUCAACAGCACAAUAAAAGUGCUCAGAUUAAACAGCAACAUGGUUGGGAAGAUCUGGAUACCGGAUACAUUUUUCCGAAAUUCCAAGAAAGCUGAUGCUCAUUGGAUAACAACUCCUAAUAGGAUGCUCAGGAUCUGGAAUGAUGGCAGAGUGCUGUACACAUUGAGGCUGACAAUUGAUGCUGAGUGUCAGCUACAGUUACACAACUUCCCAAUGGAUGCCCAUUCCUGCCCCUUGGAAUUUUCAAGCUAUGGCUACCCAAGGGAAGAGAUCAUUUACCAAUGGAAGCGCAGCUCUGUGGAGGUGGGGGACACCAGAUCCUGGAGGCUUUACCAGUUCUCCUUUACAGGAUUAAGAAAUACAACUGAGGUGGUGAAAACUACUUCAGGAGACUACGUAGUCAUGUCUGUUUACUUUAACCUGAGCAGGAGAAUGGGUUAUUUCACUAUUCAGACCUACAUUCCCUGCACACUUAUUGUUGUGUUAUCCUGGGUCUCUUUCUGGAUUAACAAGGAUGCAGUUCCAGCUAGAACAUCACUAGGUAUUACAACUGUCCUGACAAUGACCACCCUAAGUACAAUUGCUCGUAAAUCUCUUCCCAAAGUCUCCUAUGUGACAGCAAUGGAUCUUUUUGUGUCAGUCUGCUUUAUUUUUGUUUUCUCUGCACUGGUGGAAUAUGGAACUUUGCACUAUUUUGUCAGCAACAGAAAGCCAAGCAAGGAUAAAGACAAAAAGAAGAAAAACCCACUUCUUCGGAUGUUUUCCUUCAAGGCACCUACAAUUGACAUCCGGCCUCGAUCAGCUACUAUUCAAAUGAACAAUGCUACACACCUCCAAGAAAGGGAUGAAGAAUACGGGUAUGAGUGUCUUGAUGGCAAGGACUGUGCCAGUUUUUUUUGCUGCUUUGAGGAUUGUCGAACAGGAGCAUGGAGGCAUGGAAGAAUACAUAUCCGCAUUGCCAAAAUGGACUCCUAUGCCCGCAUCUUCUUCCCAACUGCCUUCUGCUUGUUUAACCUGGUGUAUUGGGUAUCGUAUCUUUACCUUUAAAAGCAGAAGGAAAUCAGUGAUACGAGCCUUACUCACUGAAUUUCUUAGAGAGAUGGCUUCCUAAAUCCACUUGAAGUAUUUAUGAUGCGCUUUAUAGUGGUCUGAAUUC